UAUCCAAAAUAUACAAACCCUACCAAAAACCACUAUAAGUAUGCACCCCCAAUCCAAACCCUAAUUUCCUCAGCAGCAGCAGCUACACUCAAAAAUGUCUAAGCGAGGAAGAGGAGGAUCGGCCGGAAACAAGUUCCGGAUGUCACUAGGUUUACCGGUGGCAGCAACGGUGAACUGCGCCGAUAACACUGGAGCUAAGAAUCUGUACAUCAUCUCAGUGAAAGGUAUUGGAGGACGGUUGAACCGGUUGCCGCAAGCUUGUGUCGGCGAUAUGGUUAUGGCUACUGUUAAGAAAGGAAAACCUGAUCUGAGAAAGAAAGUCAUGCCAGCUGUCAUUGUUCGUCAGCGCAAACCCUGGCGCCGAAAGGACGGUGUUUUCAUGUACUUUGAAGAUAAUGCUGGUGUAAUUGUAAACCCCAAAGGAGAAAUGAAAGGUUCUGCCAUUACUGGACCAAUCGGGAAAGAGUGUGCUGAUCUUUGGCCAAGGAUUGCAAGUGCUGCAAAUGCUAUCGUUUGAAUUACUGUUAUGGAAUGACAAAUGUUUCUCUCUGUUUUAUUGGGUAUCAUUUUAAUUGUGCGAAACUAGUGGAGUUUAGAUCUUGUUAGAUAAUCAACAUCUUUGAGAUAUUUUAUUUUAAACUAUGCAGAAUAUAUGAUUUUGGUUUGUGUGUUCA